AGGAAAACGUCAAUGUCAGUACGUCGAGUCGGGGAAGCUGUUUGCAAUUUUUUUUGUUGUUUGGUUUUCUUUUCCUUGUGCUAAUUUCGUUUCAAAAGUUGAUGAGUGCUAUAAAAUUAAAACUGAGGUGAAAUAACUGAUGUUAGUGGAAACAGCUACUAAUUUGUGGCGUUGUGUACACGAGAUAAUCAAGUUAUGUGCUAAGAAUUACUUGUAAUUGGAUAAUAAAGUUUCAAGAGUGCACUUACUGCAGUGGUACCACCGCAUGAAAUCCCCCCAAAUCCCCACGGUAGGGCUGGGCGCCAGUGAUGGCGGGCGGCAGCGUGUGGUCGCGGCGAGUGGCGGCGCGCACGCGCACUCUGCGCGGCCUGGUGCGCGACACGCAGCGCGCACUGCACGAUGUCGCUGAUAUACUGCACACAGAUCCGCAAGUAUUCACCACAGUCCAGGAAGUGGGCAACCAGUCCCAGCGCUGCACAGCAUUAGUGCUGCUGGGCACGUCGCCAUCAGCGCGCGCGAGGCUGCUGCACGCACUGCUGGGACACAAGCUGCUGCCGGAGCCGCCGCCGCGGGGGUGUCGAUGGGUGCGCAUCCAAUACGGCAGCGGCAACCAGCGGCAGGUGCACUUAACCCUCGGCAACUCGGAGUUCGAGCUGGUUGAGGAGCUGGAGUGCAACAAGCGGCCCUGGGAUACACUGCCCGUUGAGGACCUAAUAAGACAAGAUAAGACUGAUCUCACAACUAUUUUAGAAAUUGAAAUAAAUAACCAAUUCCUGAAGGAUGGUCUCCGGAUCAUUCUGCCUCCAGACCUGGAGGUAGACCCAGGAGCUUCCAGUCACCAGACAUUGAAGAAAAUCCACGCAGAAUUGUACUCAAAACGGGACAGCAUUUUAAAGAAUUUUAAUCCCGUAUAUUUGUAUGGUAUUGAUAAGAUUGGAAAGAAUAUAUUUAGUGAGAAUAUUAGUGGGACUAUAACUACUUCGAGAAGUGAGGAGGAUUUUUGGAAUACUUUCAAUUUGUACUCUAUGGCCAGAGUGCAAAAUAGUGGUGAUGUUGGUGAGAGUGGGGAUGGUGAUAAAAGUGAAGUGAAGAGAGAGUGGAGUGGGAGUAGGGAGCCUGCUGUGUUUUCGGGGGAGAACUGCCUAGAUCUGCAUCAGAUAAAGGAGAUCAAUCCAAACUCCCAAGUCCUGUUCGUUCUGUUCUCUAACAGCGAAGACAUGAACAGAACAGAAGGCCACGCAGAAGAUAACAAGAAGCAUGAGAAGAGGAUCAAUGUGGACGCUUUGAAAUGGAUAUUUAGUUCCAGACAAAGUCAAGAAGCGCAGAAGUCCGCAGAGCAGAAAAAUAAAGGAGAGGACAAAAGACUGUUUGAAGAGCAGAACGCCUUCAUGAACGAACUCAUGGACCAGUGGGAGAUGAUGUCAACCCCACCACCAAAACACCACGUGAAAAGUCAAUGCAUAAUCCUGGACGAUUCUGACAUCAUUCGUCCAGAAAUCCGCGUGUCCCCGGUACAGAGUCCCCACGAUACUGGGAAGACGGAGCGCACUGUCAAGAGUAGAACUGGGUUGUUGACCACGGUCGUGAAGUUUGCUGCCGAUAGCUGUCAAAGUUAUCUGCUGGAGUAUUGUACGAGGUUGAGUGAGGUACACGUGAAACUACUACAACAAUUCAUCCUGGCUUCGUUCGACAUGGCGCGGGAGCUGCAGGUGGUGCCCAAGAAGAUACAGUACGUCGCCAGGCAAGAACAACAGCUAUACGAGACUAUCAACGAAAAGUUCUCCGAAGGGGAUAAGAAGAGAGAAUUACUGAAAAUGAUGCAAGAAGUGUUAGAAGAGAUGAGAGCCGAAGUCAACUAUAUGGACUGGAGUGUGGAUGAUCUCCCGUGGCACCAAGACCCUCGCUUCAUAGUCUCCAACUCGAUCUUCUACUCGUCGACCCGCAGCAGCCCCGCGCGGCACGAGGCGUCGGACGGCGAGGAGGCCGUGUCGUACGACAGCUACAACUUCGACGACUACGAGAUCAUACGGGCCAAUGAUGAGAGCCUGUCGGGGGACUUUGGGAGGGUUAAGCCCCCAGACGAAGAUUCACCCCCCUUCAACAACAUUCGAGUAGAAAACGAGUCGGAAGCCUUCUCCAUGUCCACCGCCCGAGCCAGCUGGCACAGCGACACCGCCGACACUCGUGACACCCGCACCGACACUGUCGACACUAGCGACACUCGAGCUACGUGUACUAAUAGUGUUAAUAUUUCCGUUAAGCAGGCGUCGCUUGAUGUUCAGCAGACAGUCCUCUCUAAACUAAGUCAGAAGAUCAGUCUGAAAUUAGCCAAGUUCGUGGAUUGUCUCAAGGACACGUACUUUGGGACAUUGCAGAGAUGUCUAGAAUCCCUGGAAUGGUCCUGCAGACAGGAGCUCGGAGGCCGUCCCGCCAGCGAGGCGAUGCGACAGUUACUAUCCGUCGCUCGGCAGGUGGACCUGUCUCCCUGCGCCACCUUCCCGGUGCUCAGGAGUCUGUUGGAGUCGCUGCGACGGUUGUUGCAUAAACUCCGGCUAGUGGGCGGCGAGGCGGAGGAGGCUUGCUGCGUGCUGAGCCCGCUGUGGCGCCGCCGCGUGGCGGCCGCCGCGCUGCACCAGCUGUCGCCGCACAGGCUGGCUAAACUCAUCUCCACACAGAUUCUAGAAAGGUUAAGCACAGCACACGAGCGGUACCAGUCAGCGCUGACGUCGCUGGAGACAGCGCUGGCCGGCAGGCUACAUCAUACCGAGGAUAUCAAGCUAGCUAUCAGGAAAAAAUACGCACCCACAUUCGCGCGGUUAUGUCUGGAGAGUACAUCCAUGUGCGAUCUACUUAUGUACGGCACUCCAGAACUCGGUAGAGAAAUUGGUCGCGGUCAGUACGGCGUGGUGUACCUGGCUCGCGGCGGCUGGGCAGGCCGGGCCGUGGCCGUGAAGUCCGUGCUGCCCGCCGACGAGCGGCACUACCGGGAACUCGCCAUGGAGUUCUUCUAUACCAGGAGUAUCCCAGCUCACCCGCGCAUCGUCCGUCUGUACGGGUCCAUCGUGCAGCGCGGCGGCGCCGGGCCCUGCGUACUGCUCAUGUCAGAGCGCAAGCUGAGGGACCUACAUGCGGCUGUGAUGGCCGGAUUGAGCUUCCCUGCUAGGAUGAGGAUAGCUAGGGAUAUUGUGGAAGGUAUCCGCUACCUCCACUCCCUCGGCCUCGUGCACCGCGACAUCAAGAUGAAGAACGUCCUGCUGGACGCGUCGGACCGCGCGGCGCUGUCGGACCUGGGCUUCUGCGCGGCGGAGACGCUGAUGUCGGGCUCGCUGGUGGGCACGCCGGUGCACAUGGCGCCCGAGCUGCUCGCGGGGGACUAUCAUGCUAGUGUCGAUGUUUAUGCCUUUGGUAUAUUGUUUUGGUAUGUAUGUGCGGGCAACAUAAAACUGCCAUCAGCUUUCGAAACAUUCCAGAAUAAGGAACAGUUGUGGAGCAAAGUCAAGAGAGGCCUUCGCCCCGAGCGGCUCCCCCACUUCACAGACGAGUGCUGGGAAGUCAUGACGUCGUGCUGGGCCUCCGAGCCCUCGCAGCGGGCCCUCCUCGGCGACGUGCAGGACAAGCUCGAGCGGAUACACCAGCACUCGCUCACGCAGGCAGACUUGCACGACGAUGGAGGGGGGCCGGCCGAUGAUGUCUCUGAAGAGGAUAGUCUCGAUAUGACGGGGAUAGAUCAGUGAACAGUGCAAUCUUGUAUGUGAGUGGUGGUAAAAAGUGAAUAAAAUAAACAGAGUAAAGCGACUUGUUUUUAACCGACCUCGCAAAAAGGAGGAUGUUGGCAAUACUGACAUUUGUAUGUCUUGUGAUUCUUAUAUAAGGGUUAUCAUUCUACGGUGGUUUAAAAUUGUUUUUUGUCAACUGUUUUCUUAGAAAAUGUAAUGAGAUUUGAGAAUCACUGCAAAGUUACAAGUCAAGCUCGAGAGGAUACAACAGCACUCACUCACGCAGGCAGACAUGCAGGACGAUGGAGGGGGACCGGCCGAUGAUGUCUCUGAAGAGGAUAGUCUGGAUAUGACGGGGAUAGAUCAGUAAGAAUAGUGUUGGAAGGUGAAUAAACUAUGGAAAGUGAAAAUCGUAAUGUGAAAAGGUGAAUAAACUAUGCAAAGUAAAUCUUGUUUUUAACAGACUUCGCAAAAAGGAGAUUCGUAAUUCGUAUGUUUGUAUUUUUGGUCUGUAAGGUUUGUCGAUUAAUGAUCAUUGAUCAAUGUAAACUGUUUUUCUGUCAACUAUUGUCUUGCGAUUAGUAAUGAGAUUAAAACCUACUUCAAGGCGACUUACAAGCCAAACUAGGGGAAAACACCCUCAUUCACACAUAUCAAAAAAUAUAUGUAUAAAAGUGCUGAGACUCUUUGAAAAACACCACUUGAAAAGUCUAAAUGUAAUUGUUAGAUAUCAAUAUAAGGAAAGUAGAUCUGUAUUUUUAAUACAACUUGAAGUUUGUGAAGACAUGCAGACAUGUCAACUUAUUUCAAAUCAAAAAGUUUAAAUUAAAAUGAGUUGCGCGCUUAAAACGCCAUUAUUUCACUUUUAAAAUCUGUAAAAAAAAUUAGAAAAAUAAACAUUGUGAUAAGGCACUUGAUAUUUUCGAAAUUUCACAUUUUUUAAAUGUGCAAGAAAGACUGAAGUACGGGAUUCGAUUCCUGGACAAUGUUCGAAUCAGUCACAUCACUAGAAUAUAGUCUUGUUAUCUAACUAAAUAUUAAGUUAUUUUAUAAAACUGAUUUGUAUGAUAUAAAGUGACUAAAUAUGAGCUUGUUAGGUACAUUUUAAAUUGUGAGUAAAAAGGUUUGGGAGGGGGGAAAAUUACCUAAGUAUACCUCUAUAUAAGUUAUAAACUGUCAAUAGAUUGUGAACCUUAUUUCUUACGGGCUAAGGUUCAGUUUAUAAUAGUUUUUUUAUAUAUUUUGGCAUACAUUGCAUCAUCACUUACCCAAGACUUUUUGCUUACACUUUAAAAAGUAACCAAUUUUUUUAAACUUUGAUUAACGUAAGAAUAGUUGUAUAACACGUCGAAGGACAAAUAAUAAUGAACU